AUUUAAUGGGCUGGAAGGGAGCUGUUAGGGCCUCUAUGUAUUUGAAAUGCCUGGGCAUAUUUUAAAUCUUAGGCCAGGGCUCCUCCAAACACUUGUUUUUACACUGGCAAAAGAAACAACCCACAAGUAGAGCAAAUAAAAAUGAGAACGUACCAAUGCGUGCCAUUGACAUACAACUACAUCUUGGUUGGCCACGCCCCUAAAGCGACUACGUGUAGCGUCACCGCGCUUAUAUAUGUAUGACGUGACGUCAUGGUCUUGCGAGAUGAGAGGUGCGGAACCUGGAUUCGCUGUCCGGCGGGAGUCAAGGAGCUUUAGAUUUAAGGCGAUGCGGGACUUUUAAACAUCGUUCGGGGACUGCGGGCUGUUUUUAAAAAGAAAUCUGGACAGUCCCGGGAGAAGCGUGACUCUGGGGAGCUGGCCAUGCCUACCCGGGGCAUAAAAAGAAAACUUCCGGAAUGGGAGGAUAUUGGCGUGGAUGAGUUCUUGGCAUUUCGUCCUGAUUCCUAUCCUUUUAUUCGACAGUCUUUGCUAAACUUGUCACUGGAGAAAUUCAACAAGGGUCGUAUGAUGGUGGAGCCAAGUCUCAGACGCUAUGUCCUUAUCGCUAACACUCUUCAUGUUAUCCAAGAUGAGAUCAGGAGGGAGAAUGUCUACUCUUCUCCUGUUGCAGAGACAGGGGAUACUGGUGCAUAUGAAUAUGGAGAUGCAGUUGGGGUGAAUGUAACGAUGGAAAAUCGCUUCCCGCUCCUAGCUGAGGAACUUGAUAACAUUUUACCGACUAUGGAUGAUGACUUUUCUGUGUCUGCAGCCAUUGCUAACAUUCUGAAAGAGCUAGAGAAUGUGCUGGAUGAAGGUUGUCCUCAGAAUCUCCAGCGUUUGUCACUCAGUCAGAACUUAGAGUCAAAAAUAGCAUUUGUCAACAGUAUAUGUCCCCCAAACCCCCAAAAUGCACAGCAUCAAAGCAGCUCCACUGAAACUGUGAAGGAAGUGUUAGGAAGAGAGGCAGUGUUUCAUUCUAGCUCAGGGUGCAAAGAAGAGAAUAAGGAAAUAGAGUUGAUAACAGAAUUAGUGUUGUCUGCAGCUUGUUCUGAAACUAUUCCAGAGCUCCCCAUAGCUAUGGACACAUCGAUGUUAGAGACGGCGUCUUCCAAAGACUUAUCAAAUUGUUCUCUGGGUGAGGCCCCUGUACCCGUAGACACUUCAGUCUCCAAAGACACGCCAACUGAUUCUGAAAUGCCUUUGCAAUGUUUAAAACCCAAGGAAUCUGUUUUCGGAAGCUUUGAAAUUAUGAGCUCAAGCUACCUCAAGGAUGUUUCCUUUGAUGACCCUUUUUCAGAUAUAGACACCUCGGGUUUUGAAAAAGAGAUCCCUGCCAUAGUUGGCUCCAGUAGCCGUCUCACUGCUUCAGAAGACUGCUGGCUUCCAUCUGCCUGUAAUAAUCCAUCUUUCAACUCCAACCAAGGUAUCAGAGACUGCAAUGACCUCGACAACAUCAUUGAGAUCCUAGUAGGGUCCUGACACCUUAUAAGCCUUAUUUCUCCUCCGCAUUAAGACACUGUGAAUUGUUUCUGUACCUCUUCUAAAAUCAAGCUAGCAAUCUGUUUGCUGAGGAGGAUUCUAAGCAAUAGCAAAUUUGCACAUAGACCAAUAUCCCUUACUGGUCAACUUCUGUUCAAAGCAAGUGUGGUGCCUCCUGCCAGUGAAAGAUGGUGUUCAUGUUUACAAGAGCUUCUAUGCAUACUGUGGCUCGAUGAUGCUGAUUUAUGGCUAGCCAUCACCUCCUUUUUAUGUUUUGAUUUACAUGUCAUUCUUUAUUAGGGAGGUAUUGCUGUUAAUCUCUGAGCUAUUCUACAGUGUCUUCUAUGAAGAUAUUAUUUUUAAAUAUUUAUUUAGGUAUCUGUCUUUUUAUAUCCGUAUCUACUUUUAAAAGUGUUUUUCUGACCAUGGCUUUCGGGAAGUCACAGCUUCCAUUCCUCACUAUGCACCAUAUUUCCUAUACAGCUUACAAGAGUUUUUAUUUAUACCUUUAUGUCAUUAUUUAUUUUUUACAGGUUUUUUUUUUUUUGUUCCAAUGGUUCAUGUGUCUGGUCUACUGAAUUUUUAUUUUAAUGUUUGUGUCCUUGCCUUUGCAAGAGUUUAUCUUAAUGCUGAUCCAGAACUGGAAUAUUCUGUUAUCUUUUGGGUAUCAGGUACCCUAUGCUUUGGGUUCUGUUUUAUGUCCAUUUUAUAUCUGCCAAAAUUCUAUCUUGGGUAAUUAAAGGGAUACUGUCAUGGGAAAAAUUAUUUUUUUUUCAAAAUGCAUCAGUUAAUAGUGCUGCUCCAGCAGAAUUCUGCACUGAAAUCUGUUUCUCAAAUUUAAUUUUGAAAUCUGACAUG